AUGCCUCCCAAGAAGGACACCGGUGAUGCCGGCAAGACGACGCUCCUCAAGGGCUUCGAGGACAAGGAAACUAAGCUGCUCGCUGCGGCUUCCGUGAGCAGCCUUGGUCCUGAUAAGUACGACUACGACCUGAUGGCCGCCCUCACGGGCAACACCGCAGGCUCCCUUAAGAAGAUGUGGCCGUCCGUCAAGAAGAAGGCUCUCGACGAGUACCCUUCCUUUGCUGGCUUCCUCGGUACCACCGGCGCCAACAUUACCACCAAGUCGCCCACGAAGACCGCUCCUAAGGCUGCUGGUGGACGCAAGCGCAAGGUUCCUGUCGAGACCGAGCCUGAAGCUGACGGCGAGGCUGACAUCGAGGCUGAUUCCGAGGACGUCAAGCCCAAGCCUGCCCCCAAGAAGGCCGGUCGCAAGCCAAGGGCCGCCGCUGCUGCUGAGCCCACCAUUGAGUCUGAUGCCGAAGAUGCCAAACCCGCUCCCAAGAAGGCCGGCCGCAAGACCAAGGCCGUUACCACUUCCCCCGAUGAUGGCGAGACCAAGCCCACUCGUUCCAGCUCGCGCAAGGCGUCUGAAGACCCCAAGUCCGCGCCUGCUGCUGAGGUCAAGAAGAAGGGUCGCCCGGCGAAGAAGGUCAAGAAGGAGGAGGUCAAGUCUGAGGAGGACUCUGCCGAUGGUGGCGAUGGUCUAGGUCAGUAUACGCGCAGAGAGAAGGUGAAGAUGUGGUUGAGUGGUACUGACGAUAGAUUAGAGACGAUUGAGGAGGAGGUCUGA